CACCCUGAUCAAACGAUAGGGAUAGCCGGAUGCGGUUUAGAUUCCCUCCUACAGCAGUUAGAGGCUCUGAGGAGAAAGUGAAGCACAGUACUUAAACGGGCGCCCAGGAUCAUGAUCGAGGGGCAAAAUGGGACAGCGGGUUUAGGCCCGUUUCCCUUUACGGAGUUGAGUUCCUGGUUUCAGAGGUGGAACGAGCCAUCCCCGUAGAGGUGACAGUGGUACCUGUGCCCAGUAUCCAGGCCAGAAGCCUCUUGUGCCCGAUCUCAGGGUUUACUCUCAGAUUGGACUACCAUGAAACUGCACCGAAAGUCCGUGCUCAGUUUCUUCCACGGAUACAGAACACAGGCUCCAGACCGGGAGGGCAUCUUGCUAAAGAAGGGAGCCCGAAAUCCCAGCUAUCAACGCCGCUGGUUCAUCCUCCGGGGAAACCUCCUCUUCUACCUGGGGCACCAGGCCGACCGCACACCCCUGGGCCUCAUCCUCUUAGAAAACUGCCAGGUGGAGCCACGCCUUGGGGCCACAGAACCCUAUGCUUUUACCAUCUUGACCCCUGGGGUUGAGAGCACAGAAGGUGGGCGAGCCUACAAGCUGGCAGCAGAAACCCAGGAAGAGCUGGGAGCGUGGCUGUGGGCACUGGCUGGGGCGAGCUGGAGGCGGCUGGUGGUGCUUCUACCCCCACUGGAGGCCCAGUACCGGGAACUGUGCCAGGCAGCUGGCCAAGAACCCAGCUCACCCCCAGAGGACUGUGGCUUUCUAGGCACCCUUAGUCCCCCCUCCAACUUCCAGGAGUUGCAUGAGCGCUUUGGGAAAGAGAUCGGGGUGCUAAAGGUGGUGCGUAGAGGACUCCAGUCCAGUGAUGACACAGGCAGCAGAUCCCAGGCAAAGGGGGAGGAGGAACUUAACAGUUGUUGAUGAGUGACUGAAAGAUGGACCAAAGACCAAAUGGAACCUCCCUGCCAAGACCAGCAGAGUGCUUCAGCAGACACCCAGAUCCUGGCCUGCUGCAUUGUUUCUCCCCAGCCCCACCCCCACCCCGCCUAGUUCUUAUUCUAACUCCCUUUAUCAAAUAACAAGGCAGGAGACAGGACCAGGUCCAACA